ACUAAUAAUACUAGCAAAUUCAGAUAAAGGCAGGAAAGAAUCUUCCUAAUGGCAUGCUCACGCUUUAGUGCGUCUGUCCCCGAUGUUCCUCUUGGUGUGUUUGCAUGUGGUUAGAGGUCUCCAGCCUGCGCGAUGUGGAAGGACAAGCUGUAAGCGUCACGGAGGGAUGUGGUGUGGAGGUGGAUUUCUGCUUGAUGGCGGUGGGAGAGAUUCAAAACUCUUUUCGUUUCUUGUGUUGCUGGAAAAGAGUGUUUUUCUGAGUAAUGCUUAGUAGACCCUAUGAAUCACCAUCUGCAUAACUUUAUAUGGGGGAUGCUAUUCUCAGCAUCUUACUGGAACUAUGUAAACUAUUAACAUCCAUAUCUGUUUGUCCAUGCAACAUGCAAACCUUUUUCCCUAGAAAGAUUAUUUUGGAGCAGGACAAAGGAGGAGACAGGGCAAAACAAAAUGUGAGGGUGGCUUGGUGAGUGGAGGUAGGAGUUUGGGAGUUGGCAAGGGAUGUCUCCGGAGGAAGUUCAGAGGGAGAACUGAUGUGCAGGAUGCUGAGUGUCCAGGAGCGGAGCCAGGGGCAGGCUCAGGGAGCAGCGACUCGGGUCCUGCCCCAGCCUCACAGCUCACCCCUGCUCCUUCACCCUCUUCUUCCAGUGGCUGGUCCGCUGAGAAAAACAUCAUGGGUCUUUCAAGGAGGCUCAGGAGAGCCGGGCCAGCCUGAAACGGGGUUUGGUAAGGGGAUGGUGUGAUGGUAAUGUCACCCAGUGCAGAGGAGCCGCCCCCACACACGCACAGUGGGAGUGUGUGCCGGGUGGGCUGGAGGAGCUUUUACCGUUUUGUCAAGAGAGAAGAGUUUAUUCUCUCAAGCUGUCAAUCUGUCACCUCCCAGAGGCUCUGCCUUCCCUCCACAUCUGCCUCCCCCUCACUGCCACCACUCCCAGGUGUGCACAGAGCUGGGGGCUGCAAAAUUCCCUGUGCUCAGGCAAGGGAGUUGCAGCAUCUCCCAAACCUCACCAGGGGAAUCGUGACAUCUCUCAAACCUCACCAGGCUGGCCCCAAAAUGAGAAGAGCAUUGACUGCAGGAGAUGAAGAUUUCAACAUUACAACUCUCGGUGCUGUUUCAACUAAGGCUUUCAGCAUGGAACGAUCUGUAAUUCCAUGCAGGACGUGGGCUCUCUCAUGCCUUGCCUCACUCUUCUUCCCUCGUAAAACCUCCUCCCAAAUGAUGGCAGCUGCCUCCUUCCGCUAUGGUGUGACCAUCACUGGGGCCGUGCUGCUGGUGACAGGGACACUGUGCUUUGCCUGGUGGAGUGACAGGGAGGUGGGCAGCCCUGCCGGUGGUGGGACUUCCCUCCUGCCGCCCCGGGAAGCUGAGGUGGUUCCCAGCUCCUCCUCCAGCGCCUUGCUCCGCUCAGCCAGCUUCUUCUGCUGUGGCAUCGGCGGCAUCCUCCUCCUCUUUGGGCUCCUCUGGUCUGUGAAAGCCAAUGCCAGGGUGGUGUCCCGCCGCUACCAGUACCAUUUCCCCAGGGACCUGCAGUACUUCACCGCAGAGCCUCCAGAGAAGUGGAACUGCAGCACCUGGGACUCCAGCGCCAUCCCCACCUACGAAGAAGCCCUGACCUGCAGACCUGCCCAAGGUGUCCCAACCUAUGUCCAGCCCCCAGGGAGGAAGGAGGAGCUCACACCGCCCCUGUACUACCUGGAGGAGGAUGAGAGCUGGCAGGGCAGCCGCCGGCGCAGCUCCUCCGACAGCGCCUUGUUUCGCCCCAGCUCAUCCUGGCUGGAGAUCCAGCACCCUGGGGAGCCGCAGGCAACGCCUCCCCCCAGCUAUGAGAACAUCAGCAUCCGGGGUGUCUGAGCUGGUGCUGGCAUGGGGCUGGGACUCUGUGGGUGGCCGUCUGGUCCCUCAGCUUUAAACUGAGCCCCCUCCUUUGCUGGGGUGAGAGGAGGGCAGGUGAGAGGGGGAAGGAGGAGGGGGUCCAUCUCUCUUUCCCAGCGAUCGCUCCGGGGCUGUCGGGAUUGCGGGUCCUGUGGUCGAUGUGUUCGGAGUGUUGGGGGCAACUGGCAUGUUUGAAAGCCUUCAUAUUUUUAAUAAAACUGCUGCUUGUUGCA